ACAUACAUUACAAUGCUUCAGUUACUUACACAAGUCGACAUCAAAGAGGUGUUCUGGUUUUGUUACCUCUACAUCCUUCUUCCAAACAUCCUUCUCUACAUUUUCGGUUUCCGCCAGAGAAUGUCAGUACGCGAGCUCUUCCCCUUCUUCAAAUGGGGCUUCAACAUAAGACGGUCAAGCUUCUUGGUACCAAUAUUAAAUAAUAAUAUAAUAGUUACUGGUGAGGAAGCCGUUGCAUGUGGCAUCGACAAACAUUUGCCAGAGCCAGAGCAUCAAGAUGAUAGACGUAUAACCGGUAUUAAUCAGUGCGCCACAGAGUUCUUGGCGUCAACCGCCGAGAUACAACAGGCGAUGGAGAAGGAGAAGCUACUGCAGGAGCAGAUCGAGAGCUCCAAGACACCAACACCAACACCAACUUCACCAACCACUGUCUCGCGCUCAUCCAUUGCCAGCCUCUCCGAUGAGGAGAUCAUUGUCAAGGUCGAGAAGGGAGAGGUUGCACUAUACCGUCUGGAAGCCGAGCUCAACGACUGCGAGCGCGCCGUGCAAAUCAGACGCGCGGUCCUCACCAAGAACAUUGACAAGUCGAUCGAGGACAUCCCUCACCUGUCGUACGACUUCUCCAAGGUGUUGGGAGCCUGUUGCGAGAACGUCAUUGGAUACGUACCCAUCCCCGUUGGCACUGCCGGCCCCAUCAGUCUCAACGACAAGUCGGUCUUAAUUCCAAUGGCCACCACCGAGGGCUGUCUCGUUGCAAGCACACAUCGUGGAUGCCGCGCCAUCUCAGAGUCGGGCGGCGCCCGCGCUACCAUCCUCUCGCGAGGCAUGACCCGCGCACCAGUCGUGCGCUUCCCAUCGAUCACUGAAGUGUCGGCAUUUGUCGAGUGGAUCAAGAUCAACGAAAACUACGAAUCGGUCAAGAAGGAGUUCGACGCCACCAGCCGCUUCGCCAAGCUCAUUGGCAUCAAGACUUCAGUGGCUGGCCGUCUGGUCUACAUUAGAUUCAGAUGCGACACUGGCGACGCCAUGGGCAUGAACAUGGUGUCCAAGGGCGUGGACUCAGUGCUAAAGAUGAUGAAGAACUUGUUCGCAGAUAUGGAGAUCAUCAGUAUCUCUGGCAACAUGUGCACCGACAAGAAGCCAUCUGCCAUCAACUGGAUCGAGGGACGCGGUCGCUCGGUCGUCUGCGAGGCCACCAUCAGGGGAGACAUUGUCAAAAACGUCCUGAAAACCAGCGUGCAGGCAAUGGUCGAGCUGAACCUGUCCAAGAACUUGGUUGGCUCGGCCAUGUCGGGCUCGAUCGGAGGCUUCAACGCACACGCCUCCAACAUUGUAACCGCCAUCUUCUUGGCCACCGGCCAGGACUGCGCACAAAACGUCGAGUCAUCCAACUGCAUCACUCUGAUGGAGGAGUGCAAUGAGGGCAACGACCUGUACAUAACUGUUACGAUGCCAUCGAUCGAGGUUGGAACCGUGGGCGGCGGCACCUUCCUGCCAGCGCAAUCAUCGUGUCUGGACAUCAUCGGCGUCAAGGGAUCCAAGCCAGGCAGUCCAGGCGUGCACGCCGAUCAACUGGCGCGCAUUGUAUGCGCUGGUGUCAUGGCUGGCGAGCUCAGUCUUUUGGCUGCACUGUCUGCCGGCCAUCUCAUGAAGUCGCAUCUCCGUCUCAAUCGCUCACUCAGCAGCACCAACUGUGCUACA